AACAGUAGACAGAUAAGUGCGUCUGAGAGACUGCAGGCAUCUCUGUGAUCUCCGGGCUCAAGGCUGCACUCGGCGCACUACACAGCGAACUACACUGCAUCAUUACUGGAUAGGCAAAGGAUCACUGUGUAUCUAUGACUAUUUUCCUGCUCUUGUAGCAGUUUUUCCCCCCUUUCUUCCCGUGCACUUUAAUUGGAGAAGCUCGCCAAGAUGAUGUCCAUGAACAGCAAACAGCCGCACUUCGCCAUGCAUCCCUCUUUACCCGAGCACAAGUACACCACUUUGCAUUCCAGCUCGGAAGCUAUAAGGAGAGCCUGUCUACAAACUCCACAGCUACAGAGUAACAUAUUUGCGAGCCUGGAUGAGACCCUGCUGGCCCGGGCUGAGGCUUUGGCGGCCGUGGAUAUCGCCGUGUCCCAGGGCAAGACGCACCCGUUCAAGCCCGACGCCACCUACCACACGAUGAGCACGGUGCCAUGCUCGUCGACAUCCACCGUUCCACUGGCCCACCACCAUCAUCACCAUCACCACCACCACCACCAGAACCUGGAGCCCCAAGAAAUCAUGGACCACAUCACCUCGCCGUCCCUCGCCUUGAUGUCCAGUGCGCACGACGGGUCCGGCGGUGGAGGUGGCGGAGGCGGCGGAGGCGGCGGCGGAGGGCUCAUCUCCACCUCCUCUACCCAUCCGCACUCUCACAUGCACGGCUUGAGUCACCUCUCCCACCAGGCUAUGAGCAUGAACUCGCCUCUCACCCACCACGGGCUCUUACCGGGCCACCACGGAGGGGGUCAAGGCGGCCCAGGACUCACUAACACCGGACUCCCCUCCAUCAAUGACUCGGACACGGACCCAAGGGAGCUGGAGGCUUUCGCGGAGCGCUUCAAGCAGCGGAGGAUCAAGCUGGGGGUGACCCAGGCGGACGUGGGCGGCGCUCUGGCUAAUCUCAAAAUCCCCGGCGUGGGAUCACUGAGCCAAAGUACAAUUUGUCGAUUCGAGUCGUUAACUCUCUCCCACAACAACAUGAUUGCGCUCAAACCUAUCCUCCAGGCCUGGCUGGAGGAGGCCGAGGGGGCCCAGAGGGAGAAAAUGAGCAAACCUGACAUUUUCAACGGAGGGGAAAAGAAACGCAAGAGGACCUCGAUAGCGGCCCCAGAAAAGAGGUCUUUGGAGGCGUACUUCGCCGUACAGCCUCGACCGUCGUCCGAGAAAAUAGCAGCUAUAGCUGAAAAGUUGGACCUGAAAAAAAAUGUGGUGCGAGUGUGGUUUUGUAACCAAAGACAGAAGCAGAAGAGGUUGAAAUUUUCCGCUGCUCACUGAUGGGCAAAGAAAAGAGAAACAACAACAAAAAAGUUGUGUGACUGAAUUUGGGGACCAAGGGACACUAAGACACCAUUUUCAGUCUUUUGUCUCCAGCGAUUUUACACGUUGGUGCGCAAUGGGCUUUAGAUACCCAUUUUAUGAGGCUUCAUAUAUCUUGUUUAUUUUCACGUUAUCGGUGAAUGUGAAGUAUGCAAAUAACAGAUUACACAAAUUUCGCUCAGUUGUUACGAGGGAAAAAGUUUAGCGACGUCGACAUUGCCUUUUAAAACAUGUGGAAAGAGGUAAUUUGCUUGAUACUAUAGCGAGUUAUUUUCUCCUAAUAGGCCUAUUAUUUGAA